AAAAAAGGCUCUUACUCUCCGCCGGCGGCAAAUAUCACACCGUUAGGGUUUCAUCAUCGCCUAGAUUUAUAAUUCAAUGGCAACCAGUAAGUAUAUUCCUCCUACACUCGCUCAAUAUUUUCGCAUCUGAGUUUGAUCUCCUUGUGGUCUGUUUAUGCAGUGGCUAGGUCGUUUCUGCAGGCGAUAUCGAAGGAUGAGGCGGUGGCUCCUCCGCUCAGAGUUGUUCAGAUCGAAGGAUUGGCUGUGCUGAAGAUAAUCAAACACUGCAAGGAGUUUGCACCAACGCUUGUCACAGGGCAGCUUCUUGGACUUGAUGUUGGUAGUGUCCUUGAAGUCACCAAUUGUUUUCCUUUCCCUGUGAGAGACGACGAUGAAGAAAUUGAAGCGGAUGGUGCUAAUUAUCAGCUUGAGAUGAUGAGAUGUCUGAGAGAGGUUAAUGUUGACAACAACACUGUUGGCUGGUACCAGUCCACAGUUCUUGGAUCCUAUCAGACCGUUGAACUGAUUGAAACCUUCAUGAAUUACCAGGAGAACAUCAAGAGGUGUGUGUGCAUCAUCUAUGAUCCCUCUAAAGCUGACCUAGGCGUCCUAGCUUUGAAGGCUUUGAAGCUUUCAGAUUCCUUUAUGGAGCUGUACCGAGGUGGAAACUUUACAGGCGAGAAGUUGAGAGAGAAAAAUUUCUCUUGGAUGGAUAUUUUUGAAGAAAUUCCUAUCAAGGUUUCAAACUCUGCGCUUGUCAGUGCCUUCAUGACCGAACUGGAGACUGAUGCACCUGUCUCACAGGGUGAUUAUGAUCGUCUACACUCAUCAACAACUCCUUUCCUUGAGAACAAUAUGGAGUUUCUGAUUAAAUGCAUGGAUGAUUUAUCUAUGGAGCAGCAAAAGUUCCAAUAUUACUACCGGAAUCUCUCUCGUCAGCAAGCGCAGCAGCAAGCCUGGCUCCAGAAGAGGAGGACGGAGAAUAUGGCUCGUAGAUCAGCUGGAGAAGAGCCUUUACCCGAAGAGGAUCCUUCAAAUCCAAUCUUUAAGCCAAUCCCUGAACCAUCAAGGCUAGAGAGUUUCCUCAUCACAAACCAAGUCUCAAACUUCUGUGGUCAAAUCAAUGGAGUGGCUGGCCAGAACUUCAGCAGGCUCUACCUGACCAAGGCAUUGCACGAUAACUGAUUACUAGACCACCCAAGUUUUUGUUUAAAGUCGAACAAAUGAGAACAGAUCCUGUUUUUUUUUCUCAGUUUUGUUUUGUAAUCACUUUAAAAUACAUAAUUUGAUUUCUGAAAAACACGUUUUUAAUUAUUGUGAUAAUAGUACGAGAAAAGGCUUGCCGAGAUCAUUAAAUUACACUUUCUAUCUGUACUAGAUUCUUUCUCCG